AUGGAUAAUCGAUAUAUGAAAGGAGAGUUAUUGCAACUCCAAACUAAAAACUCUGAAAUAAUUGAAGGUAGAUUCUUUAGCAUGACUAGUGAUAUGUCUAAAAUUUCCUUAUAUAAUGUUAAAGAAAGCGCUGGAGACGAGAAAAGUGAUGGAGUAUUUCAUUAUUAUGAUUCCGAGGUGAGAGAUAUUAUAAAAGUAAAAGAAUCAACAGAGCCAACAUUUCUAAAGAUCUCUCAGAAAGAAUGUGAAGAUAUUUUAUUGGUUUCUAAGAAAUAUAAGUAUAUCAAUCAAGUUGACAGCAGUUUUCAUGAGGCAAUAGAAACAUUAAAACAAUUUGGUUUUUUGGCUUUGAGUUCGGAUGGUGCUCAUAUGGGUCGAAAAUGUAAAAUGCCCUUUCUGGUGCUUUCAACACCUCACCAAAUUUUUAUUUUUGACAUUCAAGUAAUGCAAUAUCACGCUUUUGAUGCUGGUCUUAAGGAAAUUCUAGAAGAUAACGAUAUAAAAAAGAUUGUCCAUGGUUGUAGAAAGUUGUCAGAUUGUUUAUAUCACAAGCAUAAUAUUAAGCUGAAGUCUGUUUUUGACACACAGGUGGCUGACCUUAUUAUCACUAAAAAUAAAACUGGCCGGUUACCAGAGAGUAUUAAAUCAUUAGCACAGUGUAUACAUACCUUCCUCGGUUUGAAAGAAGAUAUCAUUGAUGAAAAGCUGGACAUAGUGCAAUGUACAGUAAGGCCACUACCCGUAAAUAUCAAAGAAAGUCUAGCUAAGAACAUAGCUUUCUUGCACCGUCUAUCAGAAGUUUUACAUGACAAAAUGAUGUUGCCAUUUGUCAGGGGCGUUGAGUUCUUCAUUGAGAAUGUGAGGUCCUGUGAUGAUUUCAAGGCGUGGGAGUUGUGUGGUAAAUACAAUCAAGUACCAAAGGAUUUUAAAAAUGCAAUUGAAUAUUAA